AUGGAGCCCCUUGGGCCUGAUUUCCCAAGGCAGGGAAGUCCUGUGGGCGGCUUCGCUCCUGAUGCGCUUGGUCUUUCUUCCCCAACAGUGAGCGUGGUAGACGUUUGUGGCCAGACCCUCCAAGGGGACGGGAUGGUGUUGACUUCCCACCGAGAUUCCCGCCGUUACUACUUUGUGGCCACAGGCACUGACUGUGAGCUCACCCUGCAGGCCGCCUCCCCUCAAGACCAGGUGCAGUUCCAGUUCCGCUUCUUCCUGGUGUACAGCAUGUGGCCGGAGCUGCCCAGCACUCCGCUCAGUGCCCACAAAGAGCCCCUCCCCCCAGGACCCCCAAAGGCCAGAAGGGAGCAAGAGACUUCAGAGCCUUGUGCCGCAGGUUCCUACGUGCAACUGUACGACGGCAGGGACCGCACUGCCCAGCCGUUGGGAACCCCGCUUUGCGGCAAGAACAUCCCCAGGCCUGUCCUGUCCACUGGCAGCUUCCUGACCUUGCGGCUUGUGACCCGUGGCCAGCAACCCCGUGUGGACUUUGUGGGUGACUUCACGUCCCUCCGAACCGGGUUAAACGCCUCUGCCUGCAGCAGAGAACGGUACUUUCCCUGCCGCAACGGCAAGUGCAUCCCCUGCAGCUUGGUGUGUGACCGCAGCAAUGUCGACAACUGCGGGGAUGGCACAGACCAAGCCGGCCAGCCCCCGGCCUGCUGCAAAGACCCUCUGCCGGUCCAGGCCUCCGCCAUGGUCAGUGCUCUGCCAAGGCGGGUGACCCGUGCAGGACUCCAGGAGAGCCUGCUGCCGCCUGCAGGUGCUGCCGCCUGGGACAAAGCAGACAAGCACCGGACCUUCUUUGCCCCGCUGGCUGCUGCCGUCGGAGCAGCUCUCCUGUACUGGUGCUGCUGGAACCCCGGCUUCUUCCUUUGGAGAGUCGGCGCUUGCCGGUUCCUGCCUGGUUGCAACGCUGCCUGUGCUGCCUGCCAUCUUUUCAUGCAGAGCUGUGCCCACAGGAAGCCCAUCCAAGUGACCCCGGAGGCUGGCGCCCAAUUGCCGGUGUGA